GACCUCACAGCUACACCGAGCUGAUUCCGCUUAGACUCGGGAAUGUUUUUCUCCUAAGAGUCGACACCUGCCUCCUGAAAGUCAAGUAGCUGCAGCAUGGACGCCUCGCUGCUCCUGUCGCGCUGCCGGCCGGCUGUCGGAGCAGUUUCAGCCGACGGGAGCGCUCCUUUUGGGAAAGCUCCGCUCCAGGCGGCCGCCAGGAAGCAGGCGGUGAAGAGGCACCACCACAAACACAACCUGAAGCACCGCUACGAGUUCCUGGAGACUCUGGGGAAAGGAACCUACGGCAAAGUGAAGAAAGCCAGGGAGAGAUCGGGCAGGCUGGUCGCUGUAAAAUCGAUCAGAAAGGAGAAGAUCAAGGACGAACAAGACCUGGUGCACAUUCGCAGAGAAAUCGAGAUCAUGUCUUCUCUGUGCCACCCGCACAUCAUCACUAUAUAUGAAGUUUUCGAGAACAAGGACAAAAUCGUGAUAGUGAUGGAGUACGCCAGCCAAGGAGACCUGUACGACCACAUCUGUGACAAGAAGCAGCUCUCUGACCGAGAAGCCAGGCACUUCUUCAGACAGAUCGUGUCUGCGGUGCACUACUGCCAUCAGAAUGGAAUAGUGCACAGGGACCUGAAACUGGAGAAUAUUUUACUAGAUGCCAACGGCAAUGUGAAGAUCGCAGAUUUUGGACUGUCCAACCUGUACCACGGUGACGAGUAUCUGCAGACGUUUUGCGGCAGCCCCUUGUACGCCUCCCCGGAGAUCGUCAAUGGACGGCCGUACCGUGGACCGGAGGUGGACACCUGGUCCCUCGGCGUGCUGUUGUACACGUUGGUCCACGGCACCAUGCCGUUUGACGGACACAACCACAAGAUGCUGGUCCAACAGAUCAGCACUGGAAACUACCGCAAACCCAGCAAGCCCUCAGAUGCUUGUGGACUGAUCCGCUGGAUGCUUAUGGUAAACCCUGAUCGCAGGGCAACAAUAGAGGAAGUCGCUGGACACUGGUGGCUCAACUGGGGCUACCAGCAGUCCCUGCUGUGUGAGAGGAAGACUAGUGCGGUAGAGCAGACCCCAUCACUGGUGUCUCCAUUGAUGUCCAAUUCCUCAGGGCUGGCUGGGGUUGCCAGUUGGCUGCGUCGGACAUCCAGACCUCUACUGGAGAAUGGCUCCAAGAUGCGCUGCCUGCUCCGCCCCCAGGUGGCUGGAGGGGACGUGGUGCGACAGCGCUCGCUGCGAAGGUCCCACAAGGAGAAAAAUGUCUCCCAGACGGUUAAUGAAGGAAGCGCAGACUCUCGACCCUACAAGAGUAUUCUGAAGAGACGUAACAGCGUGAAACAGAAGGUGGUGAGCGAAAGCCCCGCUGUAGGUUCAGUGGGUCCACCGAAUGUUCUGUGCACGUCUGCUUCACCUCGCACUCCUUCUGCUGCUUCGCUGCCUCGCAAAGGCAUUUUGAAGAAGCCUGCGGAGCAAGAGUCGGGGUAUUACUCAUCUUCACCUGAAAACAGUGACUCAGCCUUGGCCUCUCAAACAAAACCCCGUCCUUCAGCACCAACCUAUAGGCAAGGAAUCCUUAAGCUUAACGGAAAGUUUUCGUCAGGCAGGCUACAGGAGUUUGGUUCUCUGGACCAGCUGGCAGCUUCUUUACCUCGAGAAGGGACCAGGUCGAGACCAAGCGUGGCCAUCAGCGAAGACAGCAUUCUGUCCUCAGAGUCCUUCGAUCAACUGGAUCUGCCAGACCACGUGAGACCUCCUGCACAAGUGGACAAACCGGCCAAAGCUAGCAUGAGAGGCAGCGUCUCUGCAGACAACCUGUUGGACAUAGCUGAAGACGGGACUCUGAGGCCAUGGGAGUGUUACGGGUCCCGAGGAGUGGCUGACAGCGCCUUUUCUAUCAGCGACUGUGAUAAUGUCACAGAAACCUACAAACAGGCUGUGGGAAUACGUGGAUCUGCACCAAGAUAG